AUGGGUAAAAACGACAAGAAGCCCGCCGACAAGAAGGACGGCGGAAAGUCCGGCGGCGGCAAGAAGGGAGGCAAGGGUGAGAGCGACGACAAGGGCGGCAAGGCCAAGGGCGCGCAGUCCAUCAACGUGCGCCACAUUCUGUGCGAGAAGCACGGGAAGAAGGAGGAGGCUCUGGCUAAGCUGAGAGACGGCGCCAAGUUUGACGAUGUUGCGAGGGAGUUCUCGGAGGACAAGGCCAGACAGGGAGGCUCUCUUGGCUGGAAGACGAAGGGCAGCUUGGAUCCCAAGUUUGAGGACGUCGCAUUUGUGCUUGCGGCGAGCACGACGUCAAGUCCUGUCAUCGCAGAGGCAAAGACGGAGUUCGGAUACCACAUCAUCAUGACAUGCUCACUGCUCAACCAGGUGGAGGGCAAGAAAUAG